AUGCCGUUUGAUGGUGCGAGUCAGCAGCGAUGGAGUUAUCUAUUGCUCAGUCUUGUGUGGUGGACAGGGCAAUUUGUAGCAGGGCUUGAGUUGGGUGAAAGCUGUGUAAAUCCUGUAGGAGAAUCGGGCAAGUGUAUUCUCUUCCGAGACUGUCAACCACUCGUCAACAUCUACAAUAAACCCAUUAACACGCCACAAGAUACAGAGUUCCUCACGCAAAGCCGGUGUGGUAUGCUAAAACGAAACACAUUGAUGUGUUGUGCUGCAUCCAGCCUGAGUACUUUGAUACCAACAUUUCCGCAUUGCGGUAUGCAAAUUUCGGAUCGUGUGCUUGGCGGUCAGCCAACACAAAUCGAUGAGUUUCCAUGGACGGCAUUGAUCGAGUUUCAGAAGCCGGAUGGAAGCUUUGGAUUCGGCUGUGGAGGAUCACUUAUCAACGAGAGGUAUAUUGUUACUGCUGCCCACUGCAUCAAAUCGAUCUCUCCUGGUUGGAAGGUCCAUCGUGUACGCCUUGGUGAGUGGGAUUUGUCAAAGGCUAAUGAUUGUCAGGAUGGCUUUUGCUCCAAAGCGCCGAUCGAUCUGGAGGUUGAGAAGAUUGUUGUUCACAGCAACUAUACCAUGAAGUUCAAUAGAAAUGCCAACGAUAUAGCGUUGAUUCGUUUGACCCGAUCUGUUCAGUACUCUGAAACAGUACGACCUAUUUGUCUACCGUUGAGCGCAUCGGUCCGUUAUCUUGAUCAUGUAGGAUUUUCAAGUUAUGCUGUCGGUUGGGGUAAAACGGAAAAUGAAACGAGGAGUGAUGUAAAGCUGAAGGUCGAGUUGAUCAUCACUAGCUUGCAAGAGUGUAAAUCAAUUUAUGAAUGGAGUGGAUUUUUGCAAAAAGCGACACACAUGUGUGCUGGUGGCGUGCUUGGUAAGGACACAUGCAUUGGUGAUUCGGGUGGUCCCCUGAUGCGUCAGAUUGCUGGUGCAUGGUAUCUGAUCGGUGUGGUUAGCUAUGGACCAAAUACGUGCGGCACAGACGGUGUACCGGGUGUAUAUACUAAUGUUGCUGAGUAUGUUGAUUGGAUACGGGAUAAUGUGUAUUAG